AUGGACAACGCAGGGAAGGAGCGCGAGGCAGUCCAGCUGAUGGCGGAUGCCGAAAAGCGACUUAAGGCCUCCCACUCCUUCCUCCGGGGGCUGUUUGGAGGAAACACAAGAAUAGAAGAGGCUUGUGAAAUGUAUACCAGAGCUGCAAAUAUGUUCAAGAUGGCUAAAAAUUGGAGUGCUGCAGGAAAUGCGUUUUGUCAGGCAGCCAAACUCCAUAUGCAGCUUCAGAGCAAACAUGAUUCUGCCACCAGCUUUGUGGAUGCUGGGAAUGCUUACAAAAAGGCAGACCCUCACGAGGCUAUCAACUGCUUAAAUGCAGCCAUCGACAUUUACACAGACAUGGGAAGGUUUACAAUCGCAGCCAAACACCACAUCACUAUUGCUGAGAUUUAUGAGACUGAACUUGUAGACAUCGAGAAGGCUAUUGCACAUUAUGAACAAUCGGCUGAUUAUUACAAAGGAGAAGAAUCCAACAGUUCAGCUAACAAGUGUCUGCUAAAGGUGGCAGCAUAUGCUGCCCAGCUUGAGCAAUACCAGAAAGCCAUCGAGAUCUACGAGCAGGUUGGGGCAAACACCAUGGAUAAUCCCCUGUUGAAGUACAGUGCAAAGGAUUACUUCUUUAAAGCAGCCCUCUGUCACUUCAUAGUCGAUGAGUUGAAUGCCAAGCUUGCUCUUGAGAAAUAUGAGGAAAUGUUUCCAGCAUUUACUGAUUCAAGAGAAUGUAAAUUAUUGAAAAAACUUCUAGAAGCUCAUGAAGAACAGAACAGUGAAGCUUACACUGAAGCAGUGAAGGAAUUUGACUCAAUAUCUCGCUUGGAUCAGUGGCUUACUACCAUGUUGCUUCGUAUCAAAAAGUCCAUCCAAGGGGAUGGAGAAGGAGACGGAGACCUAAAGUGA